AUGGGCAACAGCAGCAGCAUCAGUAGCAGCAACAGCAGUAGCACCAGUAGCAGCAACAGUAGCAGCAACAGCAGUAGCAACAGUAGCAUCAACAGUAGUAGCAACAGCAGUAUCAACAGUAGAAGCAACAGCAGUAGCAACAGUAGCAGCAACAGCAGCAGCAACAGUAGCAGCAACAGCAGUAGCAACAGUAGCAGCAACAGCAGUAGCAACAGUAGCAUCAACAGUAGUAGCAACAGCAGUAGAAACAGUAGCAGCAACAGUAGCAGCAUCAGUAGCAGCAACAGCAGUAGCACCAGUAGCAGCAACAGUAGCAGCAACAGCAGUAGCAACAGUAGCAUCAACAGUAGUAGCAACAGUAGAAGCAACAGCAGUAGCAACAGUAGCAGCAGCAGCAACAGUAACAACAGUAGCAGCAACAGCAGUAGCAACAGUAGCAUCAACAGUAGCAGAAACAGCAGUAGCAACAGUAGCAUCAACAGUAGUAGCAACAGCAGUAGCAACAGUAACAGCAACAGUAGCAGCAACAGCAGUAUAAAAUGUAGCAUCAACAGUAGUAGCAACAGCAGUAGCAACAGUAGCAACAGUAGCAGCAACAGCAGUAGGAACAGUAGCAGCAACAGUAGCAUCAACAGUAGCAGCAACAGCAGUAGCAACAGUAGCAGCAACAGUAGUAGCAACAGUAGAAGCAACAGCAGUAGCAACAGUAGCAGCAGCAGCAACAGUAACAACAGUAGCAGCAACAGCAGUAGCAACAGUAGCAUCAACAGUAGCAGAAACAGCAGUAGCAACAGUAGCAUCAACAGUAGUAGCAACAGCAGUAGCAACAGUAACAGCAACAGUAGCAGCAACAGCAGUAUAAAAUGUAGCAUCAACAGUAGUAGCAACAGCAGUAGCAACAGUAGCAACAGUAGCAGCAACAGCAGUAGGAACAGUAGUAGCAACAGUAGUAGCAUUAGUAGCAGCAACAGUAGCAGCAACAGCAGUAGCAACAGUAGCAGCAACAGUAGCAACAGUAGAAGCAACAGCAGUAGCAACAAUAGCAGCAACAGCAGCAGCAACAGUAGCAACAGUAGCAGCAACAGUAGCAGCAUCAGUAGCAGCAACAGCAGUAGCAACAGUAGCAUCAACAGUAGCAGCAACAGCAGUAGCAACAGUAGCAUCAACAGUAGUAGCAACAGCAGUAGAAACAGUAGCAGCAACAGUAGCAGCAUCAGUAGCAGCAACAGCAGUAGCACCAGUAGCAGCAACAGUAGAAGCAACAGCAGUAGCAAUAGUAGCAGCAGCAGCAACAGUAGCAACAGUAGCAGCAACAGCAGUAGCAACAGUAGCAUCAACAGUAGCAGCAACAGUAGUAGAAACAGUAGCAUCAAAAUUAGUAGCAACAGCAGUAGAAACAGUAGCAGCAACAGUAGCAGCAUCAGUAGCAGCAACAGCAGUAGCACCAGUAGCAGAAACAGUAGCAGCAACAGCAGUAGCAACAGUAGCAUCAACAGUAGUAGCAACAGCAGUAGAAACAGUAGCAGCAACAGUAGCAGCAUCAGUAGCAGCAACAGCAGUAGAACCAGUAGCAGCAUCAGUAGCAGCAACAGCAGUAGCACCAGUAGCAGAAACAGUAGCAGCAACAGCAGUAGCAACAGUAGCAUCAACAGUAGUAGCAACAGCAGUAGCAACAGUAGAAGCAACAGCAGUAGCAACAGUAGCAGCAACAGCAGCAGCAACAGUAACAACAGUAGCAGCAACAGCAGUAGCAACAGUAGCAUCAACAGUAGAAGCAACAGCAGUAGCAACAGUAGCAGCAACAGCAGUAGCAACAGUAGCAUCAACAGUAGUAGCAACAUCAGUAGCAACAGUAGAAGCAACAACAGUAGCAACAGUAGCAGCCAAUGCAGCAGCAACAGUAGCAACAGUAGCAGCAACAGCAGUAGCAACAGUAGCAGAAACAGCAGUAGCAACAGUAGCAUCAACAGUAAUAGCAACAGCAGUAGCAACAGUAGCAGCAACAGUAUCAGCAACAGCAGUAUAAAAUGUAGCAUCAACAGUAGUAGCAACAGCAGUAGCAACAGUAGCAGCAACAGUAACAGCAAAAGUAGCAGCAACAGCAGUAGCAACAGUAGCAGCAACAGUAGCAGCAACAGCAGUAGAAACAGUAGCAGCAACAGUAGCAGCAACAGUAGCAGCAACAGCAGCAGCAACAGUAGCAACAGUAGCAGCAACAGCAGUAGCAACAGUAGCAUCAACAGUAGUAGAAACAGUAGUAGCAUCAGUAGCAGCAACAGCAGUAACAGUAGCAGCAACAGUAGCAGCAACAGUAGCAGCAACAGCAGUAGCAACAGUAGCAGCAACAGUAGCAGCAACAGUAGUAGCAACAGCAGUAGCAACAGCAGUAGCAACAGCAGCAGCAACAGCAGUAGCAACAGUAGUAGAAACAUUAGCAGCAACAGUAGCAUCAACAGUAGCAGCAACAGCAGUAGCAACAGUAGCAGCAACAGCAGUAGCAACAGUAGCAGCAACAGUAGCAUCAACAGUAGUAGCAACAGCAGUAGCAUCAGUAGAAGCAACAACAGUAGCAACAGUAGCAGCCAAUGCAGCAGCAGCAGUAGCAACAGUAGCAGCAACAGCAGUAGCAACAGUAGCAGAAACAGCAGUAGCAACAGUAGCAUCAACAGUAGUAGCAACAGCAGUAGCAACAGUAGCAGCAACAGUAGCAGCAACAGCAGUAUAAAAUGUAGCAUCAACAGUAGUAGCAACAGCAGUAGCAACAGUAGCAGCAACAGUAACAGCAAAAGUAGCAGCAACAGCAGUAGCAACAGUAGCAUCAACAGUAGUAGCAACAGCAGUAGCAACAGUAGCAUCAACAGUAGUAGCAACAGCAGUAGAAACAGCAGCAGCAACAGCAGUAGCAACAGUAGAAGAAACAGCAGCAGCAACAGUAGCAUCAACAGUAGCAGCAACAGCAGCAGCAACAGUAGCAGCAACAGUAGCAGCAUCAAUAGCAGCAACAGCAGUAGCAUCAACAGUAGUAGAAACAGCAGUAGCAUCAGCAGUAGCAGAAACAGUAGCAGCAACGGCAGCAGCAACAGUAGCAUCAACAGUAGAAGCAACAGUAGCAGCAACAGUGGAAGCAACAGUAGUAGAAACAUUAGCAGCAACAGUAGCAGCAACAUGCCUCCCUGCAACCCUGACAAAGAGGAGAGGAGACUGUUCACUCUGGCACCAUGCUCUAAGAACAGUACCAGCGGGUUGUACCAUGUCACGCUGCACAGCGGUGAGCUGGGGUUGGUGGGCUGA